AAAACAGAGAUCAUUGUAAGAAAACCCCCAUACAACCCAAAACGUACCGUUUCAUUAAAACAGCCUCGUCUUUUACCAAAAUUUCCCUCCAGCCUUUAGGGUCUCUCUCUCUCUCACUCACUACACUCCAGUCCCAUCGCGCCACCUUCUUCCCAAUCUUCCCAAAUUCUUUUCCCUUUUUCAUUUCUGUUUCCUCCGACUCUCUCGCCAUUUCAUCACCCCAAGGGUUUUACUUCAUCCCAAAACCCUACUUCAAGGCUCAACUAUGGCAGGCCAGUAAUUGGCAGACACACCCAUAACGUACACCGUGUUGUUGCCUUCUAAUAUUUGUCGACUUCCACACCCGGCUGCUCAGUAAUCAAAUUGAAGGUUUAGGUGAUGGCUGGUGUUCGGGAAAUAACGGCUGCUGCUGAAUUCUUACAAGGUACCAAUAGGCAGAGCCUGUUUUUGCAUAGAAAUUCUUUUAAAGGAAGAAGCCAUGUGCUUUGGGGCACGGUUCAGGGUCGAAGUUCAGAAUUGGGUUUUGCUAAUAGGAGAGGUGUUUCAUUGAGGUGUCGUGCACAAGAAAAGCCCAGAGCGGUUGUUUCUGGUGGUGUGAGCAGUUUGGUAGAUGAGCAAUCAAGCUUGGUUGAGAAGCCUGCUGCGGAAGUUAUUCAUUUUUAUCGGGUCCCGCUUAUGCAGGAGAGUGCUUCAUCUGAGCUUCUCAAGACAGUUCAGACAAAAAUUUCAAAUCAGAUAGUUGGUUUGAAAACUGAGCAGUGUUUCAACAUUGGGCUCGAUUCGCAGCUUUCUAGUGACAAGCUUCCGGUUCUUAAGUGGCUUCUUCAGGAGACUUUUGAGCCUGAGAAUUUGGGGACUGAGAGCUUUCUUGAAAAGAAAAGGCAGGAAGGACUGAAUACAGUCAUUGUUGAGGUUGGGCCUCGGUUGUCAUUUACAACAGCCUGGUCUUCCAAUGCUGUCUCAAUUUGUCGAGCAUGUGGAUUGAUAGAGGUGACUCGUUUGGAACGGUCAAGGAGGUACUUGUUGUUCAGUAAGGGAACACUACAAGAUCAUCAAAUUAGUGAGUUUGCUGCAAUGGUUCAUGAUCGGAUGACUGAGUGUGUGUAUACUCAGAAGCUUGUUUCAUUUGAAACGAGUGUAGUUUUGGACGAAGUUCGUCAUGUACCUGUCAUGGAGAGAGGUCGGAAGGCAUUGGAGGAGAUAAAUCAGGAAAUGGGUUUAGCAUUUGAUGAGCAAGAUCUCCAAUACUACACUAGGCUAUUCAGGGACGAAAUCAAGCGGAAUCCAACAACAGUUGAACUGUUUGAUAUUGCACAAUCCAACAGCGAGCAUAGCAGACACUGGUUUUUUACUGGUAAAAUUCUUAUAGAUGGACAACCUAUGGAUAGAACUCUAAUGCAGAUUGUGAAGAGCACUUUGCAGGCAAACCCAAACAAUUCUGUGAUUGGGUUCAAGGAUAACUCAAGUGCAAUCAAGGGCUUUCUGGUGAAACAAAUGCGACCAGUUCAGCCAGGUUCAACAUGUCCGUUGAACAUAGCUAUUCGGGACCUUGAUAUUUUAUUUACUGCCGAGACACAUAAUUUCCCAUGUGCUGUAGCCCCUUACCCUGGUGCAGAGACAGGUGCAGGGGGUCGAAUUAGGGAUACCCAUGCAACUGGAAGAGGGUCUUUUGUUGUAGCAUCUACAGCUGGUUAUUGUGUUGGGAAUCUCAAUAUGGAGGGCUCUUAUGCACCUUGGGAAGAUCCAUCUUUUACAUAUCCAUCAAAUUUGGCUUCACCUCUGCAGAUACUCAUAGAUGCUAGCAAUGGUGCAUCGGACUAUGGAAACAAAUUUGGUGAGCCCUUGAUUCAGGGCUACACUAGGACAUUUGGAAUGAGACUCCCAAGUGGUGAUAGACGAGAAUGGUUGAAGCCAAUCAUGUUUAGUGGGGGCAUUGGGCAGAUUGAUCACACCCAUAUAUCAAAGGGAGAGCCUGACAUUGGAAUGUUGGUUGUAAAGAUUGGAGGCCCUGCUUAUCGGAUUGGAAUGGGGGGUGGGGCUGCAUCAAGCAUGGUUAGUGGCCAGAAUGAUGCGGAGCUUGAUUUCAAUGCUGUACAGCGUGGAGAUGCGGAGAUGGCACAAAAACUUUAUCGUGUGGUUCGUGCCUGCAUAGAGAUGGGGGAGGAUAACCCAAUCAUUAGCAUUCAUGAUCAAGGAGCUGGUGGAAACUGCAACGUUGUUAAGGAAAUUAUAUACCCAAAGGGUGGCCAGAUUGACAUCCGGGCAAUUGUGGUUGGUGAUCACACAAUGUCUGUCUUGGAGAUAUGGGGUGCAGAAUAUCAGGAGCAAGAUGCAAUCUUGGUGAAGCCUGAAAGCCGCAGCCUCUUGCAAUCAAUAUGUGAAAGAGAAAGGGUUUCUAUGGCCGUAAUUGGAACAAUAAAUGGUGAGGGGCGUGUUGUUUUAAUUGAUAGCGUAGCCAUUCAGAAGUGUCAAUCCAGUGGACUCCCUCCCCCUCCCCCUGCAGUCGAUUUGGAGCUUGAGAAAGUACUUGGUGAUAUGCCACAAAAAAGUUUUGAAUUCCACCGGAUGGCAGAUGCACGAGAGCCACUUGAUAUUGCACCUGGAGUCACAGUGAUGGAUUCUCUUAAGAGGGUAUUGAGACUUCCAUCUGUUUGUUCAAAACGCUUCUUGACAUCAAAAGUAGACAGGUGUGUUACAGGUCUUGUAGCACAGCAGCAAACUGUGGGCCCCCUGCAAAUUCCACUUUCUGAUGUUGCUGUAAUCGCUCAGACUUUUACUGACUUGACUGGAGGUGCAUGUGCCAUUGGGGAGCAGCCAAUUAAAGGUUUGCUGGAUCCAAAAGCAAUGGCGAGAUUGGCCGUUGGAGAAGCACUGACAAAUCUUGUUUGGGCAAAGGUCACUUCUCUGUCUGAUGUUAAAGCAAGUGGAAAUUGGAUGUAUGCGGCCAAGCUUGAUGGGGAAGGAGCAGCUAUGUAUGAUGCUGCUAUAGCUCUAUCAGAUGCUAUGAUUGAACUUGGCAUUGCUAUUGAUGGCGGGAAGGACAGUCUUUCCAUGGCAGCUCAUGUUGCAGGUGAGGUUAUUAAGGCUCCUGGCAAUCUUGUAAUGAGUGUAUAUUGUACUUGUCCUGACAUAACAAAAACAGUAACCCCCGAUUUAAAGCUCGGGGAUGAUGGCGUGCUGCUUCACAUUGAUUUGGCAAAGGGAAAGCGGAGGUUAGGUGGGUCUGCUCUUGCUCAGGUUUUUGACCAAAUUGGGAAUGAGUGUCCUGACAUUGAGGAUGUUCGUUAUCUUAAGCGAGUUUUUGAAGGAAUUCAGGUCCUUCUUGCUGACCAAUUGAUCUCUGCUGGUCAUGAUAUUAGUGAUGGUGGGCUAUUGGUCUGUGCCCUUGAAAUGGCAUUUUCUGGGAAUCGUGGCAUUACCUUGGACUUGACUUCACAUGGGAAGGGCCUAUUCCAAACACUUUUCGCUGAAGAACUUGGUCUGAUUAUCGAGGUAAGCAGGGAAAACUUGGAUUUGGUAAUGGAAAAACUAAGCAGUGAAAGUAUUUCUGCUGAGAUCCUUGGACAAGUUAGUGCCACACCCUCAAUAGAAUUAAAGGUUGAUGGGGUAACACAUUUGAAUGGGAGUACUUCUUCCCUGAGGGACUUGUGGGAGGAAACUAGUUUUCAGCUGGAAAAAUUUCAAAGAUUGGCUUCUUGUGUGGAUCUAGAGAAAGAAGGGUUGAAAGAUAGGCAUGAGCCUUUGUGGGAAUUGUCUUUCACUCCCUCUUUCACAGAUGAAAAGUAUAUGAGCAUUGCAUGCAAACCCAAAGUGGCUGUAAUUCGAGAAGAAGGCAGCAACGGGGACAGAGAAAUGGCUGCAGCAUUUUAUGCUGCUGGUUUUGAACCGUGGGAUGUUACAAUGUCAGACCUUCUUAAUGGAUCCAUAUCACUGCAUGAAUUCCGUGGAAUUGUGUUUGUUGGAGGUUUUAGCUACGCUGAUGUGCUCGAUUCUGCAAAGGGUUGGUCUGCUUCCAUUCGAUUUAAUCAGCCCCUUCUAAAUCAAUUUCAGGAGUUUUACAAGCGACCAGACACUUUUAGUCUUGGUGUUUGCAAUGGCUGUCAGCUUAUGGCUCUUUUGGGGUGGGUUCCAGGUCCUCAAGUUGGUGGAGUGUUAGGUGGUGGUGGCGACCCUUCACAACCCAGGUUCAUUCACAAUGAGUCGGGACGGUUUGAAUGCCGGUUCACCAGUGUGACAAUAAAGGACUCGCCAGCUAUAAUGUUUAGAGGAAUGGAGGGCAGUACAUUAGGUGUGUGGGCUGCCCAUGGUGAGGGAAGAGCAUAUUUCCCUGAUGACGGUGUUCUUGAUCGUGUGCUACACUCAAAGUUGGCACCAGUAAGAUAUUGUGAUGAUGAUGGUAACGAGACAGAACUUUACCCUUUCAACCUCAAUGGCUCUCCCUUGGGAGUCGCGGCAAUUUGUUCUCCAGAUGGGAGGCAUCUUGCGAUGAUGCCUCAUCCAGAGCGUUGCUUCUUAAUGUGGCAAUUCCCAUGGUAUCCCCAGCAGUGGGAUGUGGACAAGAAAGGCCCUAGCCCAUGGUUGCGGAUGUUCCAGAAUGCCAGAGAGUGGUGUUCUUAAGAAAAAGUGUUUCUUUCCGUACAAGGAUGGUUCUUUCUGUAAUUGUCAUCUGCCAGAAAGCAUUCAAAUUACUGCAGUCAGAGAUUUCCUGACCAUCCGGCACAUCAUGUGUUCUCGUAUGCAUGAGGGCGCUUUACAUUUGUGUUUCCGACAUGAACAUGAAUUUUGUUCCCUUUAUCAUUAUGAUACUACAGAUGAGGAUGAUGAUGACUGAUCUGAAUCUAUUGCAUCAUCUGCAACAGCAGGAAGUGAGGAUCAAAACAUCUUCUUAUGACAGUACCGAAUAGAGAUGUAACCCGAAGUAAACGCAGAGUGAGUUUGGCAAUUGUGUUAGUGUCUAUUCUAAAUAUAUAAAUACACAAGUCUCAGUUAAACUCGCUGAGCAUUGUGAAUCUCAGAUGAUAGUAGGUACAGGGAGGAUUUGUUGCGAUUUUGUCUGCUUUCUGAAUUUACAAGGUUGCUUCAACUUAUAUUCUAACUUGCAUUGAAAAAACAUCAAUUUGUUACAUGAUUCUUUUCGUUACAUAUAAAGGGAUUGAACCUUAA